AAGCCUACAUUAUAGGAAGAGCAAUGCUAGUGGCACUCGCCUCCUGCACUCUCCAGCCAACACUUUCUCUUUUAUUGGGCCACGUUAUUUUGGUUUCGAGAGGUUGCGCUGAAAGCUUUUUUAAAGAGGCUUACGUGGCCCAAUGAGAGGGGAAGUGUUGGCCAGAGAGUGCAAAAAGCGAGUGCCCCUAGUACUGCUCUUAUAGGAAUCAAAUCUACUGUAACAA